AUGGCGAAGGACUACCAAGCUGUCCCUCUAGAUGAGGAACAGAGUCGAAGCAGCUCCGAGUCCACAAUAUACGAGAAGGAUAGGAUAGCACUCAGGAGGUUAGGAGACGACAAAUUCGGAAGAAAUGCCAGGACACGAGCAUCGGAAUUCGUCUCCAAGCACUGGGCCUGGAUAGGACACGCCAUCCUGCUCACCCUGUCGAUGACUUUGUUUACGCUGUCCUUCUGCAACAGGACGGCGAGGCCAUCCGACCUGCAGGUCACACAACAGUUCUCGUCUUAUUCACCGGUGGCCUCGACCGUGAAAUACGACACUGUCAGAUUCAACCUCACACCUAUGGUGGAGGGUCCAUUUGUUGGGUAUGGUCCCAAGGUCGAUGAAGCAUGGGACUCCAUCGCCAACGACAUGGGCGACCAAAUGAUAUCAGAAGCCGAGCUGGACAGGCUAGGACUGCCCAGGAACUCGCUCAAAGUGACGGACCCGAAGACAGGCAAGGAGGGUUACCGCGCUGCGGUCGAAGUGUUCCACCAACUGCACUGCCUCAACCUACUGAGGCAAUAUGUAUACAAAGAAUAUUACGUCAACAUCUACAGUGACAUCCAGGAAGAGGAGGAUGGGCUCAAGGGCCAUGUCGAUCACUGUCUCGAGGCCAUCCGAAUCAACCUGAUGUGCACCUCUGACAUUGGCAUAUUCACCUUCCGCGAGUACCCAGAGUACGGCUACGAGGACGGAGACUUCUGGCCCGACUUCAGCACGCUGCACACGUGCCGGAACUUUGACGCCAUCCACAAAUGGGCCAUUGACAACACGAUGGGAGCAUCAUCAGCAAGGCACGCUGUCCUGAAAUAUUGGAAGUUCGCCAAAGAGCAGGAAGAUGCUGAGCAAGCUUGA